CUCGGUUUGAGACGUUGACGAUCGAUUGAGCCCCCAAUUCUCCGCCGGCAAGUCCGUCGAUGAAGCAGUCAAAGAUGUCCGGCAGAUAUGGUUUCGCGAAGGCCUUGAAGGAGCUUCGGUUCCUCUUCUGCCAGACGGCCGAGCACAGCUCUGCGACGAGGUCCUUCCUCACACGAGCUUAUCCGAUCAUGAAGAAGAACAACCCCACAAUACCCAUCAUGUUGCGGGAAGCCCAGGGCACCCUCCCCAGGGUGUAUGCCAGAUACGAGUUUGGCAAGGAGAAGGUCGAGUCGUUAGAAGGGCUUUCGGAUAAGCAGAUCGAGGAGGCAGUUACGAAGCUUGUCAAGGAAUGAGCCAAACAUACGACAGAUCAAUUUCUAAAAUAAGAUACGGACUGGUCACGGGCCGGCUGGCAUGUUUAUAGUCCCGAGCAGCUGUGCAUAUACCACCAACCACCACACACUUCCGCCUGCCGUCCCAUCGAGUGCUCGACAUUGGAUGCCGCCCGUGUGUUCUUCAAUGCUUGCCUUUUCAGUUGAAAGCAGCAGAGUUUCCGAGAUUUGCAGUCUGAGCAGCUGUGGCUCGUUGCAAUGGCUUCAACCGCAUCAGCAUCAGCCGCCUAGGAUGGUAGCCUGCUAAGGCAGCGGUAAACCAACCGAACCACCACUCGAGCUAGUCAGAGGCAGCUUGAUAAGUUCAUUGGAGGAGGCAAUGGCGGGGCUGGUCAGGGCCGAAUUCCUCGAGUGAGCAGGAUGGAAAAGUUGCGAGUGCCUCCGGUUCUACCCUCUGAUCGGUCUUAGGUCAUCCCCGGUUUCGUCCAGCCAGAAGCAG